AUGUUUGAAGAAGCCGUACAGGCGCGAGCCGACGCUCAAGGUUCCUCGCUCUUAUUACGAGAUAUCCCAAUCCAAGCUUUGAAGUAUGAGCUCCAACGCCGUAUUGAUUUGAGGGCGUCCGGGGGAGCAGAGGACGGGUCGACAUGUGGUUCUGACAAGGCGGGAUACUACAACACGUCCGCUCACGUUUUUGCUUUAUUUCUCAUUCUUAUUCUCAGCACAUUAGCAUGCUCAUUCCCAAUUUUAGCGCGUCGAUUCCCUGGACUACCUAUCCCACGACAUUUCCUUUUCUUCUCCAGACAUUUCGGUACCGGAGUUCUCAUAGCCACGGCAUUCGUCCAUUUACUCCCUACCGCUUUCAAUUCAUUGUUGAACUCAUGUUUGCCUCCCUUCUGGACCCACGGGUACCCGGCAAUGGCCGGGUUUAUAGCAAUGCUAUCGGUAUUUUUGGUUGUUACGGUUGAAAUGUUCUUUGCGAGCCAGGGCGCCGCACAUGUUCAUGGGAAAGAUUAUGAUGAACUCAUUGGUGGAGUUCCUGUGAAGGAUAAUCGGAAGGAGCCGAAACAUAGAGGGCGUGAGGAAUAUAUUCAUCUGUCGAAUCAGGAUCAAGCGGCGACAGAAAGUCUCAUUCAAUCUCCGACUGCCACGGGUCAAAGCGCCUCCGUAAAUAACGAUGAUGGACUUGACAUGGAAGAACUGGGUUCUUACGCGGAUGAUGAACCAAUUCCUCACCAAAGACGUACCAAACACGUCCGUCAAGGAAGUGAGCCCGUCACCCAACUCCAAAACCCCCAAAGACAGCUCCUCCAAUGCCUUCUUCUCGAAGCCGGCAUUCUUUUCCACAGCAUCUUCAUCGGCAUGGCCCUCAGCGUAGCCACGGGCACAUCAUUCAUUGUUCUCCUAGUAGCAAUCUCCUUCCACCAAACAUUCGAAGGCUUCGCGCUCGGAUCCCGAAUCGCUUCCUUAAUACCAAGCCUUUUCCCACCAUCUUCCUUCAAACCAUGGCUCAUGGCCUGCGCAUACGGCACAACAACACCAAUCGGUCAAGCCAUUGGCCUUGUUCUGCACAACAUGUACGACCCGGCCAGCGCCACGGGACUUAUAAUGGUCGGAUUCACGAAUGCCAUCAGCAGCGGUCUGCUGCUCUUCGCGGGGUUGGUGGAGUUGCUUGCUGAGGACUUUCUGAGCGAAGAGAGCUAUGAGACGCUUAAUGGGUGGCGGAGAGUGGAAGCUUGUCUUGCUGUUUUGGGCGGGGCUAUGCUUAUGUCGAUUGUUGGAGCUUUUGCUUAG